CCACGUGCCUAUGUUGUGACGAGUCUAAAUAAUGACGAACCAUGAAAAACGGACGACGAACCACAGUGCAGAGUUCACGAUAAUUGAAUAAACAAGAUAAAAGAUAAUUCCCGGGGGGAAGUUUCCUGAUGACUUUCACCCCUCACAUACCGUCUACGUCUAUCCAGUUUUUCUAGUGCCACAUUCUCAUAACAGACUGACGACAGUUAACCUCGCUUUACGAUGGCCAGCAACACGUUCCUGUAUUUUGCCUACGGCAGCAACUUGCUCGCAAAACGUAUUCACAUUAAUAAUCCAACUGCUGUACGACGGGACAUCGGACGGCUUAAGGAUUUCAGGCUAGACUUUGCAACGUAUUCCAAACGGUGGCACGGAGCCUCAGCUACAAUAGUGCCUACUGAAAACGAGCAUGUGUGGGGUGCUAUCUGGGAAAUAGAUAAUUCCAACAUAGCUAGUUUAGACCAGCAGGAAGGUGUAGGGGACAAAUUGUAUUUUCCAAAAAUUGUGGAUAUUGAAACGCCGAACGGUUCGUUUCUGAAGUGCAAAGUCUACCAACAAUGCAAUAACCCACAGGAGCACCUCACCGGCGAUCUUUUGCCACAGGAUAGAAGACCUUCUGCCGCAUACAGGGACACAAUUCUGAGGGGAGCUCGGGAAAGUGGCCUACCAGCUGACUAUAUCAAAUUUCUGGAAACUUUCCCACACAAUGGUUACCUUGGAGAACCUGAGAUUGGAGUUGCGCUGCGUGAAAUUUAGAUUCGACCACUCUCCAGUUUUUGAGGAAUGUCUGGAAGUUUGGACUUUCCAUUGUAUACCGCAGUGCGUCCUCGGAAGUCAUAUUUUCGAGCAUAUAUCGAGGAACUUCCAGC